GUUGGCCGCCCGCUGCGGUGGGUAUCGUCCUCCUCCCAGCCGGGCCCGACGGAGAGUGACCCCGGCGAGGGACAGGUGUUCCUCAGCGAGAGCUGCGUGAAGAGGCUGCUGGAGAUCACAGAAGGCUCAGAGUUUCUUAGGCUGCAGGUGGAAGGAGGUGGCUGCUCUGGAUUCCAAUAUAAGUUUUCCUUGGACACAGUUAUCAAUCCUGAUGACAGGGUGUUUGAACAAGGUGGUGCCCGUGUGGUCGUGGAUGUGGACAGCCUGGCCUUUGUGAAAGGUUCCAUGGUAGACUUCAGCCAGGAGCUGAUUCGCAGCUCCUUCCAGGUGUUGAGCAACCCCCAGGCAGAGAAGGGUUGCUCAUGUGGGACUUCCUUCUCUGUUAAACUCUGACUGGACUUCCCAUGGAUGGACACUGUCUGCAGAUACUUUCUGGCAGUCUUCAGAGGAUUUUUGCUUAUUCUUUUCCCAGCUGCUCCCUCUCAUCUCCCUUGCACUGUAACACAGAUGUUAUACAUGACUCCAGCUGUGUGUGUAUCUGCACUGCGCCUGCCUCCAAGACUUGUUGGCCUUCCCUUCAGAAACAUGAAGUAGCCAUGAGCACGCACACGGGAGCAUCAUCAGCGCCUUGUGAACCACCAGUGAGGUGGUGCUGACUCACCUACCCUGUCCUGAAUGUGGAACCACUUAACUGCUUGUCUCUGCAAGAGAUGGCUCUAUAUAUGUGUGUGUGUUUAUUGAACAUUCUUACUAAAAAAAUGUCUUUGAGAUUGA